AUGGAAGUUGGGAACUUAACCAUGCUUUUAGAUUUAGACUUUUCCGACAACAACUUCGAUGGAAGUCUAUCCUCGGAAAUUGGGAAUUUCACGAUGCUUAGAGUGUUAAGCAUUUCCUACAACAAAUUUCAAGGUGCAAUACCAAGUGAAAUCGGUUAUCUACAGAACCUACAAUUUAUUAAUAUUGGAAACAACGGUUUUGCUGGCUCAGUCCCAUUUGAAAUCUUCAACAUUUCAACAUUACAGACUAUGGGAAUGGUUUUAAAUAACCUCACAGGGCAUCUUCCAUCAAAUGUUGGUAUCUUCCUUCCAAAUCUUCAUACACUAACUCUUGGGGGAAAUGAAUUGAGUGGAACUAUCCCUAAUUCUAUCUCCAAUGCUUCACAGCUCAUUUUGCUAGGCUUGAGUCAGAACUCAUUCUCAGGAUUAAUUCCAAAAACACUUGGUAACUUAAGGUUGCUCCAGACACUCAAUCUAGAAAAAAAUAAUUUGACCGUUGAAUAUCUAGAACUCGAGAGCUUUUUCGCUGAUUUGUCAAACUGCAUAUAUCUUAGAACUUUAGCUUUAGGAACAAAUCAACUUGAUGGGAUCCUCCCGAGUUCUAUUGGAAACCUCUCAAUCUUUCUUCAAGAUUUUUUGCUAUAUGAUUGCAAUAUUAAAGGAAACAUUCCCAUUGAGAUUGGCAAUCUAAGUAGACUGGCUUUUUUGGAACUAUCCAAAAAUGAUUUGAUAGGACCUAUUCCGAUUGCAAUAGGAAAGUUGCAUAUGCUCCAAUUUUUAGGCCUUGGAAGUAAUAGAUUAAAAGGUCACAUCCCACCUAGUGUCUGUCAUUUGGGGAGCUUGGCUGAAUUGAGUUUAUUUGAGAAUGAGCUAUCUGGAGAUAUCCCAACUUGCAUAAAUAAUCUGACUUCCCUUAAAGGUGUCUACUUGGGCUUCAAUCAAUUAACAUCUACAUUUCCAUUGAGUUUGUGGAGCCUUAUAGAUCUUUUGGAGGUAGACGUAUCAUCAAAUUCUUUAAGUGGCCCCAUUUCAACGGAGAUUGGAAAUAUGAAGGUCCUGAGAACAUUGAAUUUGUCAAGAAACUGCUUAUCCGGUGAGAUCCCAAUGACCAUUGGUGGGCUCAACAGUCUUGUUUAUCUCUCAUUGGCAUCCAAUCAACUAGAAGGCUCAAUUCCUACAACUUUUGGUAAAUUGGUAAGCUUGGAGCUCUUAGAUCUCUCUAAUAACAACUUAUCUGGAGAGAUUCCCAUGUCCUUAGAAGCACUCUUAUACCUCAAAUACCUAAAUGUCUCCUUCAAUAAACUAAGUGGAGAAAUUCCUACAAGAGGACCAUUUGUACACUUCUCAGCUGCAUCAUUUAUGUCAAACAAUGCACUUUGUGGUGUGGCUCGACUGCAAGUCCCCCCAUGUCAAAGUGGUGCUCCUAGACCAAAACAUGCCAGAAGAGCCGGUGGUAUACUAAAAUAUCUUAUACCAAUAAUGGGGUUAACCAUACUUGUAAUAUUGUAUCUUGUAUUUGUUUUGAAAAAAUGCCAGCAACAUAACUCCAAAUUCCUUGCUGAGGAGGACACAUCGCCUUUAGCCAUAUGGAGAAGAAUUUCACAUCAAGAAGUCCUACGAGCGACAGAAGGGUUUAAUGCAAACAACUUACUUGGAGAAGGUACUUUUGGAUCAGUUUACAAAGGACUACUCUUGGAUGGUAAGAUUGUUGCAAUAAAAGUUCUAAAGUUGCGCGUAGAAGGGGCAUUCAAAAGUUUUAACAUAGAAUGCGAGGUAUUAAGCAAUAUUCGUCACCGAAAUCUUGUCAAAAUAAUUAGUGCUUGUAGUGACAUUGACUUCAAAGCUAUUGUACUGGAGUACUUGCCUAAUGGGAGCCUAGAGAUGUGGUUGUAUUCUGACAACCACUGUUUGAAUAUUUUACAGAGACUAAAUAUAAUGAUUGAUGUGGCAAAAGCACUAGAAUACCUUCAUGUUGGUUACUCAAUACCUAUUGUUCAUUCUGAUUUAAAGCCAAGCAAUGUGCUAUUAGAUGAAGAUAUGGUCGGACAUGUUGUUGAUUUUGGCAUGUCCAAACUCCUCAGUGAUGGAGCUUCUCUUGCUAAAACAAUGACUCUCGCUACAAUUGGCUAUAUAGCACCAGAGUACGGAUCUGAAGGAAUCGUUUCUACAAGUGGCGAUGUGUAUAGCUUUGGCAUUUUGAUAUUAGAAACUUUCAUAAGAAAAAAGCCCACAGAUGAUAUGUUUACAGGAGAAAUGAGCUUGAAGUGUUUAGUACAAGAUUCAUUAGCCCGUUCGGUACUUGAAGUUGUUGAUACCAAUUUGUUAAAAAACGAAAAUGAUUAUGCUGCAAUAGAGAAUUGCUUAUCAUCCACUAUGGCAUUGGCUUUGCAUUGUUGUGCAGAUUCACCUCAACAGAGAAUUGGUAUAGAAGAUGUUUCAACUGCACUCGACAAGAUCAAAUCCAAGUUUCUGAAAGAUAUUGGUGGAGGCUAA